AUGAGGCCCCAGGUCACCCUCGACGAGAUUCUCGCCUUGUCGAGCGACGUCCUUCCGCUGCAAACGACCGGCAUGGUGAACCCCUUCCCGCCUCCCGAGCCCGGCGUGGGAUAUACCCGUAUCUGCCUUGCUCCCAACCCCGAGGACGACGAGGCGGCCGCUGGGAAUGCUGAGGGCGACUCGGCGCGUGUUGCCGACGAUGCCAAGGCUUAG